CCCCAGCUGAUAGGUAAAAAUAAUCUUAAAGAGAUGGAAAGAGAGUCGGUCCUCGUAGAGCAACACAAGUUCACCUUAGACCAAAUCAAACAGAGCCAGGCUGUUCCUGCCGACUACAACGCGACUGGUUUGGACCGUGGCCAUUUGAGCCCCAGUGGCCAUCAGUACAGUAGAGAAAGCAAGACAGCUACCUUCACCCUCACCAACAUAGUCCCCCAGAAUAGCAGCCUCAACACGGGCCAGUGGAACAUCUACGAGUCUAACAGGAUGCCCACAAAGACCAAGGGCUGUACAACGACCUACGUGAUCACGGGUGCUGUGCCUGGGAACACCUACAUCGCUGAAGGGAGGGUCAACAGACCCAGCCACAUCUGGUCGGCUGCCUGCUGCGAGAGGGACAAAAAACGCAAAGAUGCUUGGGGGGCCAUCGCUGAGAAUGACAAGAACGAAGUGGAAGAGCUCAGUCUAGGGGAGCUGGAGAAGAGGUUGACCGAACUCUAUAAGGGAGAGGUUACUCUGUUCAACAAUGACUGUCCCCGGCAAUAAGCUUCACAUCCUCAAUGGAAAAGGCUCAGUGCCUUUUCCUACAUGUCACAGAAUCACAGAACGGGUUGGUUUUGAUGGGAUCUUAAAGCCUUAAUCAUCAUCUCAUUCUGACCUACUCACCAUGGGCGUGAACACCAUCCGGUACACCAGGUUAUUCCAAGCCCUCCCCAGCCCAGCCUUGAACCCUUCCAGGGACAGGGCAGUCAAAACAUCUCUGGGUAACUUCUACUUGUACUGCACCCUCCUCAGGGUAAUUUAAUUCCUUACAAUAUCAUACAUAAGCAGCCCUCCAUCAGUGUGAAACCAUUCCCUCUUGUCCUGUCACUCCAUACCCUUGUCCAAAGACCCUCUCCAGCCCUCUUAGAGAUCCUUGAGGUACUGCACUCUCAGCAGUCUUCUCCAGGCUGAAC